AUGGAAUAUGCGCCAGGAAUCCCGUCGAGGAUUACCGAGUAUGCCGACAGUGUCAAGCGGCGGUUUGAACAAAACGCCACAAAGUCAUCAAGAAGAGGCCGGGGUGUAGAGCCUCAGGACUUGCCAGUGCUCCCACCAGGGGUGACACGAGAGAAGUUCAAUGCAGCCAUUGCCGAGCUGAGAAACAUUGUUGACGACGACGUUACCCUGGUAGACGGAGACCUGGACGACGGGUGGUAUCUGCACCGCCCCCUGUCGCACGACGCCUUUGCUUUGGACCAGGACGACUACUUUGUCAAUAGCGCUAUAUGUGCACCAGGGAAUGUGCAGCAGGUCCAAGCCAUUAUGAGAUGGGCCAACAAAUGGCUGAUACCGAUCUACGCCAUCUCCAUGGGGCGUAACUUUGGCUACGGUGGCGCUUCUGGCCGGGUCAAGGGUUCUGUCCUUGUCGACAUGGGGAGACGAAUGAACAGCGUGAUCGAACUGAAUGAGAAUAGUGCAUUCUGCUUGCUGGAACCCGGGGUAACAUACUAUAAAUUAUACGACGAGAUCCAAAAGUCGGGAAAGAAGCUGUGGGUCGAUGUCCCUGACCUGGGAGGUGGCAGCGUUAUCGGCAACGCUCUGGACAGAGGUGUUGGUUACACUCCGUACGGAGAUCAUUUCGGAAUGCAUUGCGGCAUGGAAGUUGUCCUGCCCAAUGGUGACGUGGUUCGGACCGGCAUGGGCGCUCUGCCUGACCCCAAUAACAGUCACGGCAGUGCCAAUACGUGGCAACUGUUCCCUUAUGGAUUUGGACCCUACUCCGAUGGAGUAUUUACACAGUCAAACUACGGCAUCGUGACAAAGAUGGGAUUCUGGCUCAUGCCUGACCCUGGAGGCCACCAGACGUUCCAGAUUACGUUUCCACGUGAGGAAGAUCUCUAUGAUAUCGUGGAGAUCAUGAGACCGUUGAAAAUCAAAAACAUCAUCCCCAACGUCCCACAUUUGCGUCAUAUUGUCCAAGAAGCAAGCAUCUACGGCGACCGAAAAACAUACUGGCAGGGACAAGGACCCAUCCCCCACGACAAGAUCGAGGAGCUAAUAGUGCCCAAGUUCUCCUGGGUCGGAAGUUUCCGAUGGAUCCUGUAUAUUUGUGUUUACGGGCCCGAACCUAUCCGCAAAGCCAACAUCGAAGUGAUCAGUCAAGAGUUCAGCAAAAUCCCAGGGGCUCGCGUCAUGUUUCCCGAAGAGACACCCGAGUACUCGUAUCUGCGAAGCCGGGUCAAGAUUUACUCGGGGACUCCUGAUUUGAGGGAACUCGACUGGGUCUUGUGGCUGCCCAAUGGGUCUCACACGGCUUUCAGCCCCAUCAGCCCAUUGACCGGGGAGGACGCAAUGAAGCAAUACGAAUUCACCAAGAGACUUCAUCAAAAGUGGGGCUUCGACUACUUCCCGACUUUUUGUCCAGGUCCUCGAGAGAUGCAUCAUAUCGUGAUGAUCAUCUACGAUCGAGGAGAUCCGGACUCGAAAAGGCGCGCGAGAUUGAUGAUGGAGGAGUUGGUCGUCGAAGGCGCCAAGAUCGGUAUGGGAGAGUACAGAACUCACCUGGCGCUGCAGAAUCAAGUCAUGGCGACGUACAAUUGGAACAACGGGGCAUUGCUGAAGUUCAACAACUUGCUGAAAGACGCUCUGGAUCCGAAUGGAGUCGUGGCGCCUGGAAAGUCAGGCAUCUGGGGCCAGUGCUGGACAGACACUGAAGCAGAGCAUCCCAGGAGGAAGGGCCUCCCUGCGUCUGGAACAGCUGGAGACAACGGCCCAUCCCGCAGAGGGGAGCCAGGACCACAUUUGUAG